CAUUAGCAACAUUCAUCGUGACAUCGAUUACUUUGAUAGUUCUGCAGACGACAGUAACCUCCUCGACAUAAUGAUGAAGCCUGUUGCAUUGGUCACCUUGUUGGUGGCAUCGGUUUUUGGACAAGCACCGUACAAUAAACCACCAUACGGCGCACAGUAUAACGCCGCACCGUACAAACCCGGCUACCAGCAGGACUACAAAGCCCCGGCAUAUAACCAGUACAACACCUACGGAUCCAACUAUAACGCCCCUUCGUCGUCCAUUCUACUGCAGAACAGCAAUGUCCUCUUCGCCACCGGUGAGACAUCUGCCAUCAAUGUGGCCGUUCCCGACGGGACCGAAUACUACGUCAACACCCAGUACGAGCUGAUCCGCGUCGAUCCCGACGGUCUCUUCCGCCACGAGCAGAUCCGUGUGGCCACCAAUGUCAAGUACGCCUUCCACGGUUACGAUGACUGUCUGUGGUACAUCGACUACAAACCGUAUGCCGAUAUUUGGCGCAUGUGCUGGAAGGACGCCCCCGAACUGAUUCCCAAUCAGCCUAACCCGGUGAACUUCGUGAAGGUGGCCAACCGCAACUGGGACAACGGUUUCGCUGUUGCGGAUGACGGCAGUCUGUGGCUGUACGCCGGUCACCAGUGGAUUCGCGACAAGGACGUCAACAACGCCAUCGAUGCCGGCUUCGGUAAUGACGGUACCCAGAUGUACCUGGGCAAAGACUACAAGCUGUACCGAUGGAACUACGAGACCCGCUACUGGGAAGUCUUCCAGACCGGCGUCUGGGUCUUCGACAUCUUCAACAUCGACACCAUGGUGAUCUGCGACCAGCAGUACUACUGCAAGAAGAUCGUCUACGGAAAGUUCGUCGGUAUUCCCGAAUACUGCACCAGCGUGAACAUCCUGAAGGACUCCUUCUACUGUGUUACGCCUCAGAGCCAAGUCAAGCUGGUGGCAUAUUAAGCCGCGCAAUAGUCCUUGCUGCAGCGGGUGAAUGAAUUCAUGCGCUGUAUGGUGAUUUUGAUUUAACAAAUUUACACUCCGAAAUUGUGAUUUUAAAGGUCAUGCGUGCCUGGCUGAAAUGUUUGAUGUGGUUUUGUACAGAUUGUCAUUGGGUUUAACCUGACCAUCACUUAAAAUGGUGAUUAAAAUGAACUAG